AUGCGCGCCACCCUAACUUGUUACUUGCUGAUUACGCUUUCCGCUUCAUUUUUGGUCAAUGCCGCUGACAUUGAAGCUGGAUCAUCUUUAAACGAUAUACAAGCGCAGGAGAAUGCGAUGCCUACUGCUGUGGUUCAGCAAGUUGCCCAAGUGCUAGUCAUUGACCAAAAUGACGUACUUUCGAUUGCGGCGGAUAUGGCUGUAGCUGCCGCGAUGGCAGCAGCUACAGCAGCAGCAGCCGAAGAUAAAACCAUAAGCAGUAGUGGAAGCAUAGCUGUAGAAACAUCAGAACCAUCAUCCGCUAUCACUACGGAUGUUGCUGCUGGCAGAGAUGUUGCAGAUGGCAUCGGUGCUGGCGAGAUCAUUGGCGAAGCUCAAGAUGAAGCUGUUUCAGAAGACGCAAAUGCUAUGCUUCAACAAGCAAACGCAACAAGCACUUACGCAGCAACAACAACAGCAGAAUCUAUUAUGACAGCAGGGUCAGAAUUUACAUUCAGUCCGAUUACUUUGGCCCCGGAAAGUAGUCGAUCUGUUGCUCGUCAUAGUUCCAAAGCCACACAAAAACCUUCAGCACAUGUAGCACCACCUGCUGUCGCGGAAAAGAUAAAAUCGAGCGCUUCCAUUUUUUCACCAUCAUCAUCAUCUUUCUCCAUCAUAUUAUUCUCGAUUUUCAGUUUCACUUUAUCCCUUUGA